AAUGAAUUACCAAGAACCGUAUUCAUUUUCAUACGGUUUUUCAACUAUAUUUUUAAAACUAGCAACUCUAACACAAGAAUCAAAUGAAUCCAUAUAGCUAUACACAACUAUAUUUUCUAAUAAAAAUGCAAAAGCACUUGUUUCUUCUUUGUUGUGGACACAUAUAGACAAUAUGUAAUUUUGUAUGUUAUUCGACGAUUUAGAAACAUUUGUGUUAUAUAUAAAAUCAAUAGUAAAAGAAUUAGGAAAAGUAUAGGCAGUUUUUGGACUUUACUGUACCUAACAAGAUUAGAAUUCACUUCUGACCCUUACAGUACCUACGCACAGAGACUAGGAUUAGAGGACGCGCCGAAAAGGGCCUAACAACGCCAACACCUCGACUGCGGGGGGGCACAAAAGACAGUACAAAUCUUGACAUUGACGAGUCAAGACGUGACGAACCGUAAAAGCCACUCAUUACAAUACAAACGCGACGCUUCCUUUACAAUACAAACGCGACGCUUCCUUUUCAAUACUGUUAAAGUUACGUACAAUACAGAUCAAUAAUUUAUUACCUGCUAAUUUAAACUCUACAAUAGUGUAAAAUUUAAUAUCCAUUUGAAUAAACAGUGUUUUAUAUAUUUCAAUAAUUAAAUACUUGGUUGUGUCAAUUUAUUUCUAAUGCGCUUCGAUAAAAACCCCAAAACAUUGGUCCUUCGAGCCGGAUCCUCACGCGGUGGAUCCCUCGCGUACGUGUCUGCGGUCUACUGUGACGACUUAACAUAUGUGACCGUGUAUGCUACGCGUAAAGAUGCGGGUUUUGAGCGUAUAGAAAAGGACGCUCGUGACGUAGCAUCAUAGCCAAGCGAAGCCAAGCGCAGCGUCGCGUCUAUGAGUGUAGUAGUGGAGUGUACAGACAGUGCAUAGAAGUAGCGUCACUAAUACAGUUGCACCGCGUUACAGACAGUGACAGGGACAACUUAAGUAGUGCGCGUCGUAAGAGAGACACGGACAGUGCGAAAGGUGUAAGUGUUAGUGCAGUGAUCAGACAGAGCUGUGCUACACGCACACUAGUGCUAAAGUGAAAGGUACAUACUACCUGCAGACAGCAGUACAGUGCGUACGGACUAGGGACAGUAGACUAUAGUGCGAGUGACAGACAGUUCUCGUAGUGUAGUACACAAAAUGAUGCACACCCCACCACCAGGCGUGCCACAGAGAAGGGAUGGUGCGUCGCGGGAUACUGAUAUCAGCAAUACCGGAGGGGAAAACCCCACCCCGUUAAGACGAAGCGAAAGGGAAAACAAGGGGGUCCCACCCCCUAGGUAUGAUCCAAACCUUAAAAUUCACGUAAGUGUUAACCGACCCGCGUCUCGUCACGGUUCAAAAUAUUCAAUUCCUAGCGCUUUAUCGUCGCGAUCCGGGAGAACACCCACGGGGGCACCACCCUCCGUUACAUCGGGGAAUAUGCGAACGCCGUCUGUAAUUUCGCGACAUUCCAGCAACUCUCAAACAAGAGAGAGCAGACAACUGGAAAUUGAAUUGCGAAAACAAGAAGAGUUGGCGGAAUUGGAACAACAGCAAGCGGAGCGCGAACGACGAAUAAUCGAAUUACGCGCGCGCCUCGAAGAAUCGAAAUUAAAUGAUGAUGACGGACAAAAAAUGCGAUCAUUGAAUUCUAAUGCGAGUGAGCGUUCGGUAAAAACAAUAACCUCAAGCCAGUUAAAAGUCGCGGAUUGGUUACAACGUGAAAACACACAAGAUGACAUACCAGUCGCGCGAGAAUUCAAGCGACAUUCAGAAUUCACCGGAACGCGUCCGAAAGCAAACGGAAAAGGUUUAAAUGUUAAUACUCCCCCCGUAAAUAAUACGUAUAUGGCUCGACAAGCCAUCGGGAAGGAUUUGCCGAUUUUCAAAGGAUCUACAACCGACUGGAUUUUAUUUGAACGAAUGUUUUACCAGACGACGGAAGCGUGCGGGUUCUCGUCGGCUGAAAAUAUGCUUCGGUUGCAAAAAUGCCUACAAGGAGAUGCCUUAGAGGCCGUGCGAGCUCUAAUAAUGACGACAAAUGUAGAACGCGUAAUGGAUGUACUAAGACGGCGAUUUGGUAGAGCCGAAUACAUAAUUGAAGAUAUUAUGAAUAAAGUAACAAAUACUUCAAAUGUUAAGGACGAUCAACCACUAACAAUGAUUCGGUUCGCGGAAAACGUUACAAAUUUGGUGGCAACAAUUGAAUCUUUAGAUCAGCCGGCUUACCUCACAAAUCCACUUUUAAUCCGACAAUUAGUGAACAAACUACCCGCGACGUCAAGAAUGAACUGGGGUAAAAGGGUCGCGAGAGACAAGGAUGGUACCAACCUAGUUUGUUUCGCGAAUUGGAUAACGGAAGAAGCGGAAGCGGCGAGCGCGAUCUACCAACCGUCAAUCGAGAAGGAUAAGAAUCAAAAGCGAGUUUAUUCUUGUAACGAAAACGUCGACGGUGAGCAGAAGAAAUGUAAUUUUUGUAACAAUAAUUCGCAUUCGACCGACGCUUGUAGUGGAUAUAAAAAAAUGUCUGUUGAUGAUAGGUGGAAAUGGGUCAGAGAAAAAGGGGUUUGUUUUGGAUGUCUGUCGUCAGAACACAGCAUUCGAAAGUGUACUCGAGGACGAUGCAAACGACAGGGAUGUAGACUCAGACACCACACGUCUCUACACAACGAUUUUUAUAAAAAAAGGGAAAAGGGGAAUGAAAAGCCAACGGAUACGUCUGAAACAAGAAGCGAAAGUUCGGUACACAACAGCGUGGAACAAGUCACCUUUACGAACAAAAGUGCGCGACGCGUUUACCUGCGAAUCCUCCCCGUGACGUUGAGAGGACCUGACCGCGAAAUUGACACGUUUGCGUUACUGGACGGUGGCUCUACGGUAUCACUCAUAUCAGAGGAAAUGGCGGACAGACUUAGCUUGCAAGGACCGCGACGACCUCUGAUUGCCUCGUGGUAUGACAACACGACAAACGAGGACCACUCUUCACGACAAGUGAGCCUCGAAAUUAAAGGUUUAAACGGGAAAGUAUACAAAAUAAACAAUGUACGCACUACGAAAAUGCAAAUGCCCGGGCAAACAAUGAACGUUAAUUUAGAUAAAUGGCCGUAUUUACGCGAUCUCGACAUUCCGGAUUUAGAAAACGCGAAACCCACGAUAAUGAUAGGUGAAGAUAAUGUACAUCUUAAGAAAAUAAUUCAACAAGUAACAGGAAAAGUGGGAACACCCGCCGCAACGUUGACACCCCUCGGCUGGAUGAUACACGGACCAGAUUCUUACGAAAAGGCAGACAAAGACCGUUUGUUUUUUGUUCAACAUUCAAAUGACGACAAGGAUUUGAAUGAUGCAGUUCGCAACUUCUGGACGACUGAAUCAUUUGGAGUUUCUCCAUCAUCAAGAAACCUAAACACCAAAGAAGAUCAGCGAGCCCAAAAGGUUUUAGACGAGACGCUGAAACGAGUGGGAAAACGAUGGGAGGCAGGCUUACUGUGGAAGACAUCUCAGGAAAUCCUACCAGCAAGCCGUGAAACUGCUGUGAAACGCCUUUUAUCUAUCGAACGAAAAAUGAUUAAAGAACCGGAAUUCGGGAAGCGUUACAGUGCUAACAUGCAAGCGUACGUAGAAAAAGGUUACGCUCGGAAACUUUCGGACGAACAAGCUCGCUACACCACGGAUACUACUUGGUAUUUGCCUCACUUCGCGACCUUCAACCCCCAGAAACCAGACAAGCUUCGAAUGGUUUUCGACGCAGCUGCGAAAAGUCACGGAGUUAGCCUAAACGACCGGCUACUAAAAGGACCUGACUUGCUACAAUCGUUACCUGGUAUACUUUUUAAGUUCCGCGAGAAAAGGAUUGCCAUCUGUGGCGACCUUAGGGAAAUGUUCCAUCAAGUCCGAAUCCGAGAGCAAGACUGCUCUAGUCAAAGGUUCUUGUGGCGAAAUCCCGAUACCCAAGAAAUCGAAACUCUGGAGAUGGCAGUUAUGAUUUUCGGGGCCGUAUCGUCACCCUUUAUUGCUCAAGAAGUAAAAAACCGCAACGCCGCGGAGUUUCGCGAAAAAUAUCCGGGAGCGUAUAAAGCAAUCGUCGAGAACCACUACAUGGAUGAUUUCGUCGACAGCGAAGACACAGUGGAGGAGACAGUUAAAAAAGUAAGUGAGGUUAUGUACGUCCACGAAAUGGGUGGUUUCGAAAUGCGGAACAUCAUGACAAAUUCCGCUGAGGUUCGAGAGAAAUUGAAUCCCGCGUACCUUGCACCGUUAAAUAAGAAUCUCUCUUUAAACGAAGAAAGUAAUGCGCGAGUGUUAGGUGUAAACUGGACCCCAUCGACUGAUAAUCUUUUCUUCUCAGUUAAAUUUCCCAAACUUGAAAAAACGCUGCUGACGGGCGAGACACCGCCCACUAAACGACAAUUGCUGAAAAUACUGAUGUCGCUGUUCGACCCAUUGGGCCUGUUAUCCCCACUAACAAUUCGUGCGAAGAUCUUGCUUCAAGAUAUCUGGAAGGAAGGUACGCAAUGGGACGAAGAAGUACCUGCCGGAAUAGCAAAAUUGUGGAGCGAAUGGCUGGACGACUUGCGGAGUUCGGAAAAACUACGAAUACCACGGCACUAUAUGAAUGGCAUGGAAAAAACUUCUGAAUUACAACUGCACGUAUUUUGUGACGCCAGCGUGCAAGCGUUUGCUGCAGCUGCCUACCUGCGAAUGGAAGGAGAGAACGAGAUUCGAGUCACCUUGGUAACGUCGAAAACGCGAGUAGCACCGAUCAAACUUCUGACUGUUCCGCGACUGGAGCUACAGAGUGCAGUAAUGGCGGCCAGACUGGCAGCCUUCGUAAGAAAAGAACAUAAUCUGAACAUUGACAAAGUUGUCUUCUGGUCGGAUUCACAGACUGCUCUCAGUUGGAUAAAAUCGGACGCUCGGAAAUAUUUACCAUUCGUGGCACACAGAAUAGCGGAGAUUUUAGACAUCACCUCACCUACCGACUGGAGAUGGGUUCCGACCAAGGAUAACGUCGCGGAUUUGGCAACGAGAAGCAAAAUCGAUGAAAAAUUAGACCAAUCGAGCCGUUGGUUUCAAGGACCGGACUUUCUGUACAGACCCGAGACAGAAUGGCCAGCACAGAAAACGCAGGACGGACAAAGUGAAAAUGUGACAUCAGAGAUGCGAAAGGAGUGUUGUUUUGCUAUUACGGUCGAAUCAACCUUAAAAAUCCAACGCAGCCGCAAAACAUUGACGUGGCUAUACACAGUACGUGUCAUGGCAUGGGUGCAACGAUUUAUCGACCGAUGUAAAAGAAAAUCGGACUCGUAUACUACGUGGGAACUCACAGGCACGGAAAUUCAACGAGCAGAAGAAACUGUUUUAAAACAAUCCCAGAAAGAAAGCUUCCCAGAAGAAUGGCAGAGGUUACAAACGACAAAACAAGUUCCAUCGUCAUCAAAGAUUUUCUCACUUUCCCCUGUUUUUAAAGAUGGACUUAUACGAUUAGACGGAAGAGUGACAGACAAGAACGGGUCGACUUUUCAGCCGAUUAUUCUGGACAGUGACAAUCACCUGAUAAAACUGUUGAUCUUACAUUAUCACUGGAAAACGGGUCAUCACGGAAGAGAGAGGGUGGUCAACGAUCUUCGACAAUUUUAUUGGGUAACGAAAAUUCGAACCGCUGUCCGUCGAUCGUGGAACGACUGUCGGCUGUGCACACUUCUGAGAAAAAAGCCCAUGAUCCCCAGAAUGGCACCAUUGCCGGAACCGAGACUACAAGACAACAUCGCUGCUUUCACGAACACUGGCAUCGAUUAUUUUGGACCGUUACUUGUAACUAUUGGUCGGCGACGAGAAAAAAGGUAUGGCGUUUUGUUCACGUGCCUGACAGUAAGAGCGGUACACAUUGAGAUAGCCGCCUCACUGGACACGGAUUCCAUGCUAAUGGCCCUGCGACGAAUGAUGGCGAGACGAGGAAGUCCGAAAAGGAUAUAUUCUGACAACGGGACAAAUUUUCGAGGAGCCAGUGAAGAAUUGAAGAAAGCUGUUCGAGAGCUGGACAAAAAUGAAAUAUUACGACAAAGUUCAGCCGAAAAAAUAGAGUGGCAUUUUAUCCCACCCGCGAGUCCACACAUGGGAGGAUGCUGGGAGAGACUGAUCGGUUCAGUCAAGAGAACUCUCGCCGUCACUCUUAAAGAACGAGCACCACGCGAAGAGGUCCUGCAAACACUCCUCGCAGAAGCUGAGUACUCCAUCAACAGCAGACCACUGACUUACGUCUCUGACGAUCCGAGUGACCUACGAAGUCUAACACCUAACGACUUUCUCGGAGUCCAACCGGGAACUGUACGAUUAACACAUGGCCCUCCUUGUUUAUCUCCUUCUGUUACAGGUGCCGAAACGUUGCGCAGACAAUGGCGAUACUCUCAAUGCCUUACCGAUCAAUUUUGGAAACGAUGGAUCAAAGAGUAUUUGCCUUCCAUCAACAGACGCGCCAAGUGGCACCGUGAACGACCAGACUUACAAGUAAAUGAUCUGGUUGUCAUUUGGGACGAGAACGCACCGCGCAACCAAUGGAAACGCGGGCGAGUGACGACAGUCUAUCCAGGGAGAGACGGCCGAGUACGAGUGGCGGACGUUUUAACAGCAACAGGCAUUCUAAAACGUUCAGCAGCCAAACUAUGUGUCCUAGAAACCCUUUAAUGUAUAUACAUUGAUAUACAGGAGGGGGAAUGUUGUGGACACAUAUAGACAAUAUGUAAUUUUGUAUGUUAUUCGACGAUUUAGAAACAUUUGUGUUAUAUAUAAAAUCAAUAGUAAAAGAAUUAGGAAAAGUAUAGGCAGUUUUUGGACUUUACUGUACCUAACAAGAUUAGAAUUCACUUCUGACCCUUACAGUACCUACGCACAGAGACUAGGAUUAGAGGACGCGCCGAAAAGGGCCUAACAACGCCAACACCUCGACUGCGGGGGGGCACAAAAGACAGUACAAAUCUUGACAUUGACGAGUCAAGACGUGACGAACCGUAAAAGCCACUCAUUACAAUACAAACGCGACGCUUCCUUUACAAUACAAACGCGACGCUUCCUUUUCAAUACUGUUAAAGUUACGUACAAUACAGAUCAAUAAUUUAUUACCUGCUAAUUUAAACUCUACAAUAGUGUAAAAUUUAA